UGCUCUCUCUUCUGAUUCUAUGUUUGUCUCUCAAACAGAAGGAGGAAGGAGUGGGGUUUGAGGUUAUUUGUGUGUGGAUUUCUCUUCCUUUUUGUAUCCCUUCUGUGGUGUGUGUGAGAGGAAUAGGCUUAGAACGGACGAGAAUGUAGCAUUUCCUCUCAGGCCCUCUCCUCUGUGACCCUGCCUUUGUACAGCAUAGUGCAAGGGACAACUGUUGCUGUUUGAUGCAGUGACUUACAGAAACAGCCUUUGAAAGUCCUUGCCAUUUCCUCUCCUCAUCAGCAGUCACUCUCGUGCUGAACUGUAGUGGCUUUUACAUUAUCGUGGUACAGAGAGAUGUCUGUUGCAGUGAGGAUGUGGUGUGUUACAGACCAAAGUUCCUUUGAGGUCACUUAAAACCUAUUUUAAUGGUCACAGCCUGGGCUAAUAGCACAGGAACAACUCUAUGAGCCUGACCAUGAAAUGAAACCUAUGUGGCAGUGGGGGACCAGCACCCAGAAAGUGGCUGUCACCAUUGCUGGGCUCCAGUUUGCUUCUUGCCACUUUCUGCUCUUCCACAGUUGGUGAGCUAAGGGUGGGUGAAUCAUGGUGUGGAGCAGGGAGCAGCCACAUUUCGUUAUUUUUAUUCCUUUUUUUUCCCCUUUUUCUUCUCAAACCACUCUAACCUCAGCUCUUGCCUGCUGGCCCAAGCAAUAGAACACACACUGGGUAACUUGUGGGUUGUUCUUCUCAUAAAUGACACCAGAAUCUGUGUUUUGGUUAUAAAAUGACUGUUUUUAAAGCGCCAGUUGCAGGAAAGAAGAUGAUAAUUUUGAUUUCUGAAGCUCACAGAAGAAACAAUACCUAGUUUAAGCACUCUGCAGUGGAAGCAAUGUGCAGCUGGGGUGCCUGGUACCACCAUAACUGGCCUCCCCUUUGUCCAUGAGGGGAGGAGAAGAAUUGCAGAGCAGGCAGCACACUUGAGGACUGUGGACUUUUGAGUCUCUUUGCAUGGUGGAGAGCCACAAGGUAGCAGUUUUGCCAAAGACUUGCUUUUGACAGCGUGGGAAGGCAAGGCAGGAUAACCUCCAGUUACCCUCCCUUCCCACAGAGGAUGCCAACUGGUAGCUGCUUUACUCCCUCAGGGACUAACUCCCAAAGAAGACAACAGAACCUUGGAGGAGUCCUGGGUCUCUACCAUGGAAGAGGAGGGUUGGGGCUGCUCUAUUGCUGGAGUGGCACCUGUUUGUGCUUUUCUGGUCCAGCUUUGCUGGAGCACGUAGCAGAGCUCUGCAGUGCAUCUUGCAGGGCAGCGUGCUCUGGUGUUACAACCUGCCACAGAAGAGCUUAGCAGCAACCUCCUAGUUGUGAGGACUCUUUGGAGAGCCCAGCAUGCUCGUCUGCAGCUUUGGUGUGAGAGGAGACGAUCUGAGCUCUGCAUCACCACUUCCCACCUGAACACACUGAGCACAGGCCCCUGAAGCACAGACAGUACCAGGCUUCACAUCGCUGUUGAGAGGCUUCAGCUCUUACCCACUCAAGAUGAAAUCAGACACAAGAACCUCCUGAGGUAAGGGGUGGCUUAAGACUCGUACCCUGUGUUAGGUGUCCCUCCAGCAGAAAUCAUGGAAGGCAUUUCCUGGACUGAAGGAGCCUCCAAUGAGACAGCUGCCAAUUCCAAUGCAGAAUUCCAUUUGGAAGCAGAUUUCCAGUAUUCCUUGUUUACUGUCAUCUACAGCUUCGUCUUUGUGCUGGGACUGGUAGAGAACGUGUUGGCUCUGUACCUGCUGUCCUGCAGGGUAAAGCACACCUCUCAUUCCUAUGUGUACAUGAUUAAUCUGGUUCUGGUGGACACCUUGUUUGUGUGUGUGUUGCCAUUCAAAAUUCAUUACCACCUGAAUGGGAACAACUGGAUCUUUGGGGACAUAGCCUGUAGGAUAACUGGGACUCUGUACUACAUCAACAUCUGCCUCAGCAUCGCCUUUUUCACCUGCAUCUGCGUGGACCGCUACAUCGCAGUGUUGCACCCCUUCACCUACAUCCAGAUCAAGGCCAUGCAUUACGUGGUGGUGGUCACAGUGCUUUGGGUGGUCGCUCUGAGCAUCAUGGUUCCACUCGUCCUCGGAGGUCCCCUCCACAACAGGGGCAUGGGGAACACAGUAGCAUGUUUUGAGAACUUUGCCACGAGUAGCUGGACUUCCCGCAUGAGAACUUACAACAUCCUGGCCUUGGUUUUUGGGUUCGUGAUCCCCUUUUCCAUCAUUUUCAUCAGCUACCCUCUCAUUGCCAAGAGGAUCUCCCGCACCAAAAGCAGCAUUCACAAGAGGAAGGCCCUGUGCACCAUCUACAUCAUCCUGGUCAUUUGUACUUUGUGCUUUCUCCCCUACCACCUCACUCACUUGCUCCACUUCCUGAUGAGAAUCCAGGUCAUCCAGAACAAGGCGUUCGCCAGCUUCAUCUACAAGAUGCGGAAGGUCACCCUGGCCCUGGUGAGCUUCAACUGCUGCCUUAACCCACUCCUGUACUACUUCAACUCCUCCAGCAAGCAGUGGCACUGCAACUUCAAGCUCAGAUCCAGGUCUCAAGUGGUGUACACCAUCUGCGGCCAGAAACUUGGGGAGUGCUCCUACGUUUAUAAACUGCAUCAGAGAUGUGGAGAUGGAAAAUAGAGAUGGAAUCAGCUGAGCUACUUACACACCACGCAACUUCUGAGAACUGCAUUUUCCACCCUGUGAGACUGUGGAGAGAAUUUAUCAUCUGAGGUUUCAGAGUCACCAGGAAACCACUGGCCUGGCUGAUAAACUGCUUAAAAGCCAAAAGAUACUGAAGAUGAUGUGAUUUGGUAACAGAUACAGACUGGCUCUUCUGUUCCUUCCCACGCCACCCCCAAACUCUAUGAAGUGUGUGUAUGGUACCAACUGCUGAGCAGAGGAGGGCAAAGGGAAGGUGUCCUGGGGCUUGUUGACCAGGGCAGGAAGAGGGCCUGGCUCUGGCAACAUGCUGAAUCCGUGUUUCCAUUUCCAAAUGUGCAAACUGCAGGUUAAAAGUGACACUUGGACCUGGCAGCACUGCAGCAGGAUUGGGGUUCUUGGGUUAUGCUGUGUUAUUGGAACUGCCAUGGACCGUAAAGGAGGGAGGGAGCAGGAUCAUGGGGCAGAAUGGUGUGGGGAGAUCAAUGAUUGUGUCUCUGUAUGAUGUUGUAACUUCUCUUUGCACAACGGAUGCUGCAGCUUCUGCCCAUGUUCAGCCAAUCCUCUGAUGGCAGCUGCUGCUCUGGUUAAGGACAGAGGUAAGAGGAAAAUAAGCAGCAUGAGUGCAGGAGUGUGUUGGGGUCUUGGUUGGUGGGAAACCACCCAUGCACGAUGGUGGUAAGCAAGGGUUUGCAUUUGGAGGCUGUGUUGAUCAGCUAAAGCUGAUCACUGAACCACUCCAGCAAUAGGAGAUGCAUGCAGCAAGCAAACCAAGAGCAGAUCUGAAAUCACUGUAACAGAGCUAAAGCUUUGUAGCAAAUGGCUUUUGUGGGUGCAGUAUUUUAUUUGCUGGGAUGGGCCUGACUUGCAUUAGUUAUUGCUGCCUGCAGUUUGAAUCCCAUAGAGUGGAUCCAUGUUGUAAUGCUGGGUCAGUGACUGACCUCCCCCUUCCUGCAUUCUGCUUUUAGCUUGGAGGAAUUAUUAAGUAUCAUCAGUAGAAAACCUGCUCAAACUCUUCUAAAAUGCUCACAAUGAGGAUUCCUGCGUUCCUCUGCCUGAUGGGGUUGGUAAGACAAGUGCAAAUCCUGGCACUUGGAGCUGAGGAAAGCCUCCAUGGGAGUAUCAGAACAAACUCAUCUUUUACCUUUCAUGAGAGCCUGCUAAUUUUGUCCCAUUUAUAGGCUAUGGGAAAACCUCCCAGCACUGGAGGCACUGUUCCUUCCAACUAAGCACAAUCUUUAUGUUCUGCACAAAGAAUUCUGAGCCUCCAUCCAGGAGUGCAGCUUUCCUGCAGGCUGCCAUAGAGGGAAGUAUGGAUAAGGAAAUGUUAUGCUGCUGGGUGAAGAGCAUGUUUAGGGGGUUGUACUCUUGCCUCUUAUUAUAGUUUGUAUUUUAGUUGUGAUGCUUUGAAAGCUCCUUGUUUCACUGGGCACUGCUGAGGGUUUAAGGGAAAUUUGCUGAGGGGAGGAUGAGGAACAUCUCUUACAGCAUCAGCAGCACAAAAGUUGUCCUCAUGCCUCUUAAGCUGUAGUGACCCCCUGGCCAGGUCUCCAGCGUGGUGCUGUUGAAGGGUGUACACAGGCACUGCAGUCGCUGGACAAACACUGUAAUUCCUUUAUUAAAACCAUUAAAAAGCA